AUGAACUGUGUUGCGGUUCUCCUCACCACGCUGGUCAACUUAGUGAUUCCGGCCGACUCUGCUUCCAAGCAGGCCUAUCAGGCUCUCGAUGAUUGCUGGGGCGUGAUCCGCAGCGCCCUGCAGGAGCUCUAUGACCCCAACGUCAAGAAAGUCACUUUCCGCGCCGAUCAAGCAAGGGACCUGCUCACGAAGGCUCAAAGCAUGGGACACGAGGCCGACUUCGAGCCGCGCCUUUGGAAGAUGCCUUGGCAGUCGAACCUUUUUGAUCGAGUUGUGGAGGAGACCCAUCACAUGGUCGCCACACUCUCUGCCAUCGAGACCUCCAUGGCGGAGGGCGGCGCCGACGGUGCCGAGAAAUGCGAGCCAGUACGAUUGCUGACCCAACGCAGCACGCUCUUCAACAAAGGCGGCAAUACCAUCAACAAGAAGCUCGACGUCGUACGGAGGCUUCUAGGGAUCUUCGCGCACGAGACAACGCAAAAGUUUCCGGUCUUGUCAGAGCCUGAUGUCUUCCACACCUUCCGUGAUGAGGAGUUGCUGGCGGAGCAAGAUUUCAUCAAGAACGAGCUGCCGCAGUUGUUCGGGAAGGAUGCGUCGCUCGCGAAGUCCGUCUGCCAUGACCAAAUGGCACAUAUGUCCAUGGUUCUUGCAAACGUGAGCCGGAUGAAGCUUCUCCUGAGAAAAGUGCAGCACGUGAUCUUGCAGAGCGGUUCCUAG